AGAGGGGAGAGGCAGACGAUCAUAAUGAUUGAACAGCUUCUUAAUGAGCUCAUGGGGGUAAAGGGCAGAGACUAUCUUGGUGUCCCUCUCUUGGACCACGAGAGAAUGCAGCACAUAUGGCAAACCCAGAUGAAGCAUGUGAAAUGCAUUCAGGAUGAACCAGGUGUCCUCCUGUACACUGUAACUGGCACCACUACCAAAGAGGGCAUUGUCUUGCCAAACUACAGAUGUGCAAGAGGGUCCACAUCACUUGAAUCAUUCCACUUGCAUCUGAACAGGUUCAUUCCAGGAACCAGUGCCAACAGCCUGAAUUUCCAGCUGUACCUCCUGGAGGGCCUUUACAGAUGGAACCAGGACCGUGAAGCUGCAUCUCUAGCAGUCAGGGAUCCAUCGCUGCUCAGCUACUCAGGCGACCUUGUUCACUGUGUCAACAACUACAGUGUCAAGGUGCUUGGAAGGAAGCUUGUCCCCUCUUUUCAGCCACCUUCUGUUUACACUGGGGAGCUAAUAGGUGUAGAUUACCUAUACCGCCAGACAGGGAGGGCCUUGCAGGAUGUCCAGCCUGACUCAGAGGAGACUGAGCAGAUGCUGGAAGAUGUAGGCACAGAGGAAGAGUUGGAAGAUGAGGGCUUUGAAGAUUCUGGUUUGGACCCAACGGUUGGGCUACUGGACCCAUCCCCUGGUCCAUCACCUGCCACCACCAGCUCAGCCGUCAUUCCAACUCCCACAUCUGAUAUCACUACAGCUGCACUUGAGCAACAACUGGUAAUUAUGCUUGCUGCAAAUGAGCACACCGCUGCACCCUCUGACCCAACAGCUGUCCCCACCAGCUUAGCCUCUGCUCCUCCUUACUGUUCCAUCGUCCAAGCCUCUCUUGCCACUACUCCAGCUACAAGUCCCUCUGGGCCACCUGCCAUGACUCCAGCAGCACCACAGCAACAGCUGGCUGUGGAUGAGCGCAACAUCCCAGGGAUGGACAGAGUGGACAGCCUGGCAGAGUAUUUGGUGGGACUGAGGAACGAAACUGGACAAACACUCAACUCCCAGCAGGCCAGUACCAUCAUAGCUCUGUGGCAGAACCUUCUACCAUAUGACCAGCAGCGUGUGGCGUACUCUGCACGGCACCAGUCACGUCUGACAACAGGACGCUUCAGGUGCUCUAAAAAGAAACCUGAAUUUACGCCAGGUGUGGAGAGCAUGACACGUUGCGUGCUAGGAUCGACAGGAUCCCCUGCCCAGUGGCCAGAUUGCUGUCGUCUGGUAGAGUGCAUUUUUGUAAAACUCUGUGAUAUCCAUAAAAGUCCAAAAAAACAGAGUAAAUAUGCACUGACUAGAUGGACUCUAAUUCUCAGAGACUACAGCAAGAUCAGACAGCUGAUCCUGGGUAAUGGUGCAGUCAUGCAGAGCUCUACUCUGCAGUUGUUUGAUGUUAAUCAAACAACUCUCAUUCAGUGGCACAACAAGCGACUGAAGAGGCAGGAGUGUAAUAUUCUGCUGCAAGGGGUCAACUUGCCUGCCUCCAUUCCUGUUGCUCCAGUACCUCUCCCACCAGUACAGGUACGCCCCACUGCUGCACCACCACGGCCUGGCCCUCAACAUCAGUACCACUUGCCUCAAAUGGACAAGAGGAAGUCUGCAGCUCCGGCCCAACACACCCAUUCUCUGCAGUCCGUCUGCCCAAGGUUGCCAGCUCAGAGGCAGUUGUUCCCUCAGCAGACAUCUCCACCUACCCCUGCCCCUUUGCCUACUGUCUCCAGCCCCAGCCCUGCCAGUCGCCCACUUGUGUAUGUGUUUUUGACCCCACAAGUCAAUGCAUACAAACGGAUUGCUCCUGCUGGCCCCCUUUUCUCUCCACCACCUGCCCGGAGGCCUUACAAUCGGAAAGUUGACAAAAAUAAAUGCAGUCAGUGCCAACAGCCCCGCAACAAAGAAAGUGGCCACGGUCAGUAUUAUGGGUACAUAUACUGUCCCCAAAAUGCUGGUAUUCCUCUUGACCAGUGGAUGGAGGAGAUGCGGAGGAAGAGGGCAGAUAAGAAAUAG